CUUGUUUUGACAGCUAACAAUCGAAGCCUUCCUUCGGUUGAUGCAGCUAAAUCGAAAUCGAAUUUCCGCACAGUGGCUCUCUUGUUAUACUGUGUCUUGUUGGUUAAGACACUUAGUCGCCAGGAAUCUAUAAAGGUGUUCACCGUAGCCAGCUUCCCCUGGUGGCUCGUUCCCACUUCAAUAUGACCUCACGUAUCGAGAAGACCAUCGCUCGGCAGCAGGAGAAAAUUGCUUCUGGUGCAUAUUACGAAGCUCAUCAACAACUACGAGUCAUUGCCGCGCGGUACAUUAAACAAGCCAACUACGAUGUUGCGGCAGAACUGUUAGCUAGUGGCGCUGCCGCCCUUUUGAGAGCCGGCUCCCAGCAGGGUGCUUCUGCUAGCGGCGGAGACUUGGCUAUCAUGCUGGUCCUCGAGGUUUACAUCAAGGCGGGUUGGGAGAUCAUUGGAGGUGAUAGCGACGUUGAGGGACGAAUUCGCAAGAAGCGAUUGAUCGAGCUUCUGCACGCGUUUCCACCAGAGGAACCUACACGGAAAAGGUUCAUCCAGGAGAUGAUUGGAUGGAGUGGUCGCUUUGGACCUUUAGAGAGAGGAGACCCCGAAUUGCAUCAUGCUGCUGGAUCGGUAUAUGCCAAGGACCAUGAGCCAUACGACGCCGAAAAGCAUCUUGUUUUCGGUACCUCAGAAUCGGCCGAGACCUUGGCGAGACUUGAAUACGAGUGGUACACUCACGAUGAACCGCAUACAGCGGCAAUCUACGCAUCUCGUGCCGUGUUCCCAUAUCUUCUCAUCGGAAACCUUCGCAACGCCAACAAAGCCUUUCUUAUUUUCACAUCAAAGCUUUCCUCCUCGAAUCCAUCGCUCGGUGUACAAGAGGUCAGCAGUGCUAGUUCUGACGUACGGGUCUUUCCUGCGCUCCCGUUGCUGAAUUUUAUAAGCAUGCUACUCCUCACAAUACAGCGGGGUAGCUCGGAUCUUUUCAAGCAGCUGACCGCUCACUACGCAUCCCACAUCCGAGAGGUAGGCAUAUGGAACGAUGCCCUGGCCCAGCUGGGUGAGCAGUAUUUUGCGAUCAAAAUCCCCAGACAGAGCAACCCCUUGUUAGACAUGAUGGGCAGCAUGCUUUUCGGAGGCGGUCAGGAUAGCGCUGGGUCUCGGUCGGCACCCCAAGGAAGAAUAGGCUCGAAAAGAGUUGAGACGCCUCCGGCAAGUAUGGAACUUGACUAGAUGGCGGCGACCGGGAUUUCCGCAAUGCAAACAGUUGCAGCUCGCACAUAUCGUUCACCACCAUAAGUAAUGAUAAGUUUAGGUAGGCAUGCCACUACUGGGCCGGGAUUAGGCGCUAGAAUCGACUUCAGGUUCGUACAUCCAGUUAUCUUCAUCCAAGGCGGCGACUUUGUUACGCAGGCUCCGC